AUGAGUGAAGGCGAGCGAUCCACAGCAUUUACUCUUAUUGCUUCGAUUGGCGGAAUUUUCGGUCUCUUCAUCGGGCUUUCUGGCGUUACAUUGUUCGAAAUCUUGGAGGCUUUGGGUCAUGCGGCAUCCUGUAUACCGGCGCUAAUCAUGAUUGCCAGAGCGCAUAUUCGAGCAGCUGGACGGAGACGCCUUGAGAAUAUUAGGCAGACUGUCAGCCGAUUGGCAAGCCGGGCGUCGGAAGAGGAAGAAGACGAGGAAAAAGACCACGAAAAUGACAAGCUGGACAAUAAAACUGCAUCGAACAGUGAAAAUGAAUACGACGUUUUGACAAGUAAGAAAGAGCAAUGCUGA